CGCAGAGCCGCAGCGUCCGGCGCAAGCGGGGCCUGAGCUCGACCUUGGCUCCUGACCGAACCGAAACCGAAUGAGAUUUAAAACGACGUGCUUAGGAAGAUGACUGGAAAUCUGCAUAAACCACGUUUAGUAGUUGGGGAUUUUUUGGUUGGUUUUUGUUGGUUUUUUUUUUUGUUUUGUUUUAAUUAGGAGGACUGGGAUGUUAAAACAAAUGACUGUGGCCAUACUGGUUUAUAUCAGCAGAGUUAUUCAAGUAUAUUCGAGUAUAUUCAAGCGUAGUAAGGAAUGCGAUGGUUCCUGCGGAAAUUCCUUGGUUUCCUGCGUACGUUGCGCAAGUCCUGUUUGAGGGCGUGAGGCAGUGAGGAAAUAGGGAAAUUUGAAAGCUGGGGAGCAUGCUCUGUAACUUUGAAAAAUGCCGGAUGGGCCUGGCUCCAAGUGCAGGCGUUCCCUCAUCGCCGUCUCUUCAAACAGUGCAGAGCAGAGCAAGCACAAAGCACAGGCGGUGCCGCCUUCUGUUCUCUCCUUCCAGCACGGGGCCUUCCACACGAGUUCGUCUUGUGGAAGAAACAGAAUUUCCCAAAUCAGAACGACGCCCGCUGGUGUCGUAUCCUGGUUUUGUUGCUGCAAAGAUGAUUGUUAAAGGUUCAAGAUACAAAAUGCCAGCAAGGAGUUAACUGGAGCCUUGUGCAUCUUUGUAUGAAAUUUUAGUAUGUUAUUUCCUGCUCCUUUGAAAGGAUGUAAAAAAAACAAACAAAAGCCUAAUUAGAUAUUCUCAUGAACACGAAAAUUUUUGAGGCAGCUUUAUCUAUGAUGACUAUGAACUUUUUUUUAUUUUGUUGUAGAAGAUAAGCUGAUUUUUCUCUCCUCUUUGUAGAGAAUUUACAUUCAAUAAGUCAUCUUGUUACAAAGCCCAGAUAAUCAAAAGCUAGGCUGCUGGGUUUAUGUUGUGAUUGCUUUUUUAUUUCAACUUCUGCAGCUAUGAUAAUUGUAUCUGUGAUGUUUGAAAAAGUCAUCAUCAGAUGGAGGAGUGGAACAUGAUGUCCUUAAUCUCUUAUGAUGGAGUGGAUCAGGCUAAGAUUUACACACAUGGAAUGUAUCAGGAUUGCCCCGGUCCUGUGACAUUCCUGCAUCAAAAUAUAGGCACAUGGCUUUAGGAUGAAAAGUUACAAACUGUUUCAGUUUAUACUAAAAAAUUGCUUCCCCUUGCUCUUACUCAUUCCCUAUGCAGUGCCCAAUGAAUGUAUAUGCACAGCUGGUUUUCCUUUUAUUUAGAGCAUCAUUUCUGGAUCACUGCAGUCAUACAGAAGAAUUACCCUUGGUCCUUUUCCCAUCCCCAUAAAAUUAGGAAGUAGGCCCCUCACAGUAAUUUGUGAUCUUGGUAUUUGUCCAACAGAGAAUGAGUUGAUGUAAUCACUGGGAAAUCCUGGAUGGAAACCAAUGUGUGCUGGAUCUGGAUCAGUGAUUUGGCAGUGGUCAAAUGCUGAUUUCCCAGUCUUCUUAGGAACAGAUUUACAUAGAUAAGUAGUAAGAUAAUUUCAACACUUGAGAGUAUAGUCAGCAAUUUUUUUUAUACUGGGCAUGUGAUGUACCAUAUAUAGGGAAAUUCAUGAAAGGAGAUGAUUCAUAUGUGUGUUUUAAAGGCAGAUUAUUUCUAAGCUAACAUACAAAUAGUAAUUUUGCAUGCCUGAAAUUCCAACUCAGUAGGAAGUUCCUCCCUAACACAUACCCCCCCUCUAUUUUUUUAACUAGUUUUAAAAAUUAGAUAAAAAUCAAUUGUAAUAGUUAAAAAGUUUUUCUGGUAUUUCCAAAGGUGAUGAAAAGCUGUUCAAUUCCUGUUUCACUUUAGAGUUAACUGAGUUCUUUUGAAAGUCCCAGCUGAAUGUACCUGAGAGAUACUUUCAUGUGAAGGUGCUUUGUGCCUCCCCCUUCUUGACUGCAUUAUGUCAUGAGAACAGUGUCAUUCUGUAGAAUUCUCACAAGUGUUUGACACUAGAUUGAAAAUAAGUUAGCAAUAAAUAUGCUUUUCUUCUGAUAGAAAACUUUCUGAAACACAUUACAGUACAUGAGGGGUUCUUCUGUUUUAGAUGAAUUUAGAUGAAUUUAUCUGCUUAAUUAUGGACACAACAUGUGACAUUGUUGAUUGUAACUUCCAGAAUGUGUAACAAAAGGAUGAAAAUCUUAGUAAGAUUUUACUCUGUAAAAAAAAUCUUACUCGGGUGCUAGAAUCUUUUGGUAUAUUAGGCUUUGAAGUUGAAUUGGUGUUUGCUUUCCAGUGUGGUUUAAAUAAAAUCCUGCAGUAUAGUGAUCAAAAUUCUGUGGAAGGGCUAAGAUUUGUCUUUAGGUUUGCUCAUCUGCUGUUUCUCCAUGUAUGUAAUGGAGAUCAGAGGAGGUUAGAUAGAAUUUCCAUAGUUGGUGACAGUGGAAAUUGAGCACAGCACCCUACUGAUUUUGUUAAUCACAGGACUGGGGGUUUUUCUAGAUUUGUAUUUUUUUAUUCCACUUUCCAGUAUAAUGGUACAUGAAUGUUGAAGGGAAAAAAAGGUGGUCUGUGGCUUAUCCAUACCUUCAGAAUUUACCAAUUUGCAUAUUUAAGGUUGGAGUAUUUUCUUUGAGUGGCUUUUCAGUCUCUCUGAGCAUGGAGGGGGUGUAUGGAAAAUCCUUUUAACCCCAGACUGGAAUCACUUUAAAUGAUGUUAAUAAUAAGAAAAUCCACACAGUCCUGAAUUUACAGAUCGUUAGUGUUUUAAAAGUUACAUGUUACAUUGUUGCUCGGAAGAGGGCAGAGCUUUCAGAAGUACUUAAUCUACCACCCACCAGCAAGCUGAUGACUUUUGUUUCACUUCCUAUGGAAUAUACAGACUCAUAUGAAGAACUGCCCUUGUAAAAAUGCACCUAGUUAAGAAUGAACACAAGAGAAGUGCUGUGGUAGACACAGGCUUCAUGCCAUGUUGCUUUCCAGUUUAAAAACCAAUAGACUGGCAAUUUUAAAGGAACAGCAACAAAGUGAUGACCAGGUGCCAAGUUCCAGCUUUCCUUAUUCAUCAGAUUCAAGAAGAAUUGGAUAAAGAAGAAGAAGAGAUGAUGGUUUUCCUGUGCCGAGAUCUUGCUCCUGAUUUGGCCACUGCUGAUCUUAAAGAGAUCUUGGUGGCUUUGAAUGAGAGAGAAAAACUGACUCCUCUUGGCUUGUCUGAGCUGUUGUACAGAGUUAAGAGGUUUGACUUGCUGAGGAGGAUCCUGAACACUGAGAAAGCAUCAGUGGAAGCUCACCUUGCCAGUAGUCUCAGACUUAUCCCUGAUUACAGGGUACUAAUGGUAGAGAUAAAUGAAAAUCUGGAGAAAGAUGAAGUGGGUUCUCUUGGUUUUCUACUCAGAGAUUAUGCACCUCGUAUGAAAAUGGCAAAAGAUAAGAGUUUUCUAGCUCUUAUCAUUGACCUGGAAAAGCUAAAUUUGGUGGCUCCCAAUCAACUGGAUUUGAUAGAAAACUGUUUUCGAAGUAUUCACAGGAUAGACUUGAUUAGGAAGAUUCAGAAGUACAAGCAUGAAGCUUCAGUGUCCUCCAUUCAUUCUCAGCCAGUAUAUGUAAAUGCUCAUCAGGCCUCUCUCCCUAAUCUCAAUCUGAUUGAUCCUCCUUAUCAUUCAGGGAUUCAGAAUGAGAACACAGAAAGAUUACAAAAUGGAUCAAGUCUUACUCUGGCAGAACCAGUUCACAUGUCCAUUCAGGAGUCGGGAUCAGUGCCACAUAAGAUGUCUGAUGAUUCUUACAGAAUGCAAAGUCAACCUUUAGGAAUUUGCCUGAUAAUAGAUUGUAUUGGCAAUGACACUGAUGUGUUGGAAGAGACCUUCAGAGGCUUAGGCUAUGACGUUCAUUGUCACAGAUAUUUAAAUAUGAACUCCAUGAAUCAAACAUUGCUUGAAGUUGCAAGGUGGCAGAAGCACAGAAAUUGUGACAGCUUCGUUUGUGUAUUGGUCAGCCGUGGAAACUCUCAGAGCAUCUUCUGUACAGACCCCACCUUUUCUGGAUUCCCUUUGGAACAAAUAAAGAAAUACUUCACAGCAGAUUCAUGUCCUGGACUCCUAGGAAAACCGAAGCUUUUUUUUAUUCAGAGCUAUGUUGUGCCAGAAAAUGAGCAAGAAUGUACCAGUCUGUUGGAAGUUGAUGGGAAGGGUGAGAAUAUCAGUGCUAAAGUCUCUAUCCCCCACGCAGCAGACAUCUUUUGGAGUCAUUGCAAGGUAGAUGUGUCUACAUUAGAACAAUCCCCAGCUUCAUCCUCCUAUUAUCUGCAUUGUCUGGCUGAACUACUCCGUAAUCCAUAUAAAAGGAAACUCUGUCUAUUGGCUAUCCAUAUGGAACUGAACAAAAAAGUUUAUGACUGGAAUAUGACCACUGACCAAAGCCAACAAUACUCACUGCUACUCCAGCACACACUGAGGAAGAAACUUUUUUUUCUCACUUGACUGCUGUUAGAAAGUACAUAUCUGAAACAGUUAACAAUGGAAACAUUUGCAGUGAUGCAAACAGUUUAAUGCAUACUUUUACUUUAUGCAUUGUUAUUUCAUGUGUAUCUAAAGUGCCUGUUGCUUCCAAACACAGGAAUUUUACAAGCAUUUUAGUGUGCUAGGACACUAGAUUUUAUAUUUUAAUAUAGUAGUCUCUGACUCCAUUCUCAUUGGAUGAGAAUGGUAGCUGUUGUAUAGCAGUGCAGCAUACCUUGCUAUUGAGUACAGCAGGUAAACAGAGUGGAAAGGUAUAUAAACUGUAUAGCUGAUGGGUGUUCCAAGAAAAAACAGAAGUGCUUUUAUUAUUUUGGUGGUGGUUUUUACACAUACCUCAUAGCAUUUAAACAAAUACAAGCCAGCCCAAACCACUGAAACACACUGAAUUACUUUCCCUCUACACCUAAUAGUGGCAUAUGUCUCAGAAAAGCCAUUCAUACCCAGUAAUACCAGAUCUUUGCUAACAUGUUCUGACUUGCAUGCCUCUCUAGAUUGGCAAAACAGAAGGGAGAGACACAUGAUCUUCUCAAUAAUCUGGAUUCCAUCUGAUUGCUCCAUUAAAGAUUGCAUCAUUAGCACUGUCCACAGCACACCGGGAUUCUAUAUUAACAAAUGAGACAAUCUGCUGUGCUUUGGGCCAAGUAUUUUCUGCUGAUGCAAAAAUGAGUCUACAUGUGACAGGACAUUACAGUAAUCUGCCAUACAGUUAAAAAUAUGUGAGAUUUUGGCAGGUGUCUUGUGGAAGCUGAAACAUGAUUCACACUUGUUGUACCAGGCAUAGUUGUAAAAAGAUAAUUUAAAGUAUUUGAAUGUAAAUGUAGUAUGUAGCAGCCAUGAACCUUUAAGACUGAAACACCCCACCCUCACUCCUUUUGCUUAUGAAAAAGAAUAUGCCUCUAUUAGUUAAUUUUUUCCCAAGUGCUCUUGUGAAAAAAGAAAAGGGAAAAUUGUCCUAAAUGUAAAUUUUUUUCUCCAAUAUAGCAGUUGCCUAACAUGAAAAGUGCAGCUAACCUACUUGUAUAACAGUAUAACCUGGAUGGCUUGCAUUGAAGUUUGUCACCAAACUUAGUGACAAUAAAGUAGGCCACUUGUAAAUGUUUUAUUUUUACUCCUAAUAUAGCCUCCUAUAAAAAUCAGAAACAAUCAAAGCCCUGGUGUGCCUUGCUUGGUUUCUGGUUAAGUUUUUAAUGGAAAAAGAGGAGGAUACAAAAUGACAGAUACAGAAUCUUAGAAGUUGCUUCUGGUGGCUAGAAAAUGAACUAAAUGGUGAAACAAAUGUUUACUGUGGUUGCAGAAGUAAGAUAUCAUUUCAAGUUACAUAUAUCUAAGUAAUGUUAAUUUAUGUGAUCUUCACAGAUUAACUUCACUUUCCCAUUUCCCUUACUAGCUUUUGAAUUUGACAAGCACUUCUGCUACCCUAUAGACAACCAAAAGCAGGGAGAAUGGAACCAAGAGGAGGCAGAUGAGGAAAAGAAAUGUGGAAAUUUUAAGCAGGAACAAGAAGGGGAAUGGUAGGGAGCAUCAAGAGAAGAACAAGUAGGAGAGAGACAAUUUGGAGGAGAAAUACCAAUAUUGGAAGGAGAAGAAAACAGGAAAAAGGAAGUGAGAAUUAUAGUGGCUAUCCUUACAGACUCUAAUGAUGUGGUGAGUUGGUUGAUGUUUUGUGGAUUGAUUGGUUGGGGGGUUUUGAGUGAUGCUAAAUGCACCUAUUUACUUAAAAUAUUAGCAGUAGAAUAUAUUCUGCUUUUGCAGUUUUGUGACAAGUUUGGUUUGAGGGUUAAGGAGUAUAUACGUUCUUUGCCUUACUGCAAGACACAGUAAGUAAAGUCCAUGUUCCUUUCAUUAAGAAAUGAUGCAGAAAUGCUGUUUUGGAAACCAGAGGCUCAUGUAAUUAACUCUCUAAGUGGAAAAGGAAAGGACUCUUGUUGUGUAUGGCUGCUUGUUGGAAGUGGUUAUAACCCUCUAGAAUGUUGGGGACAGACAUGUAUUGUGCAGCAUUCAUAGGUGUCUGUGAUUUUUCACUCUGGUCCUCAGUAGAUUCUUAAACCAUAGGCAUACACAAUCUAUAAUCAUACAUCUAAGCAGUAUUUAUUGCCUUGAUACCUCUUUCAAGAGUGGUAUUUGGGUAGGCUGAUUCCCUGUAUCUGCUGCUUUAGGAGUAUUUUUCCAGGACUUUUUUGAUGGCAGUUGUCUGUCACUUCUCCCAUAGCUUACAGAAUCAUAGACUCAGUAUGUGCUGAAUUAGAAGGGAUCCAUCAGGAUCAUCAGAUCCAACUCGUGGCCCUGCCCAGGACACCCCAAGAAUCCCACCAUGUGCUUGAGAGUGUUUUCCAAAAGCUUCUUGAGCUCUGUCAAGCUUGGUGCUGUGACCACUUCCUGGGGGAGCCUGUUCCAGUACCUAGUCACCCUCUCUGGGUGAAGAACCUCUUCCUAAAAUCUAACCUAACCCUCCCCUGACAGUUUCAUUCCUCCAGUCCUGUCAGAGGUCACCAAAGGUAAGAAGUUGAUACUUGUGCCACGCUGCUUCCCCUUGUGAGGAUGCUCAAGAUUGCAGUGAGGUCUCCCCAGUCUCUUCUUCACCAGGAUGAACAAACCAAGUGACCUCAGCCCCUCCUCAAGGCCUCCCCUCCAAAACCCUUACCAGGUUUCUUGUCCCUCCAUACACACAGUGGGGACUGUCUCUUCUUGCUGUAGCACACUCAUAAAAUUUGAGUCUAGAAAUGGAUGCAGGGUAUAUAGACUGCAUCAAAUUGUCCCUGUAUUGGCAGACAGUGAUUUAAGAUUAAAUGAUCCUUUAGCCAAAAGAAAAGCAGGAAGAGAAUUUUGGACCCGUCAUGAAUUUAGGGUGUUAGCACACGAACAUAGAGUGUCAUUCUGGUGAAAUUUCAUGGUCUUGGACUACCAAAAUGUCUAGUUUUCAGAACCUACUAUUGAAGGAAAUAAAACAAGUUACACUGCUUCUGCAUUGACAGAGCUUGAAAUAAAGCUGUCAGAGUCACUGCUCUGGCACUUUAAAUUACAGUUUUGGUUUCUGAUAACUGGAAAAAAAAUUCUUGUAGUUCUGUAUGUGUUCUAUAUAUGGGAGAGGGAAAAAAGAAUUGGCAGAAUAUGGGAGAUGCCUUUAAGUGGCUGGGAAGGUGUACUUGUGAGGCAAGAGAUUCAUUUCAUACCAGACUUAUGUUGCAUGGUUUUUCUCAGCUACCUAUGCUGACGUGGCUGAGCCAUAAAUUGAGUUUACUUUGCACUGUUACAUAUUUGUGUAUUACAGUGGUUGCUAACUCAUUAUCCAAAAAAGAAGUUACGUUCAAGGGGAAGUUACUGUGCUAGCACUUGUAGAUGGAGCAUGUUGUAUGGCUGAUCUCCCCUUUCAGCUCUGCAUAGGGAGUAAAAGGGUCCUGCUACAGAUACAUGAGUCAGAGAAGCUUUCUAUGGGAGUUUCUGAAAAUUCUUUUGUGCUCUCCAGAGUUCUAAGUUUCUGACAUGCAGAAUGGUAUUGCUGAGCAGAGGCUGCCAUCCGUGUGGAUGAUUUACGUUCCAUUUAAAUUAAAUCUCCUGUACUGAAUUAUUUGACAAUUUUUCUGUGGCUGGUUUAAAGAAUGUCUAUAUUUCAGCUUCUGUAUUAGAAACAAUAAGACACUUGAAUUAGAUACAAAUGCUGAGUUUCAAGCUGAUAUUCUGAAUAAAAUUUCUGUAUUGAU